CCAAAAAAAAAAAAAGAAAGAAAAGAAGCUAAUAGGAGGAGAGGGGGAGAGGAACCGUUUGAAAAUAGGCAGAAGUGGGUCUUCUAAAUAUUAGGGCACAGAGAUCAAAGAGAGAGAGAGAGAGCAGAGAGCAGAAAAUUGUGUUGCAGUGACUUGUGUGUGUGAGAGAGAGAGAGAGGCUGAGAACAAUGUCGUCUUCCAAUGUGUUUAGGGUUUUCAGAGGAUGCAGGGCUCUCAUGGCACCGGCCAGAUCCUCCAGCUCCACUGCUGGAGCUGCUGUUUCUGCCUCAAAGGCCGCCACUGCUGCCGAACCAAAGCCAAAGGCCAAGCCCAAGGCCAAGCCCAAGGCAGCAGCUGACUCGACCAAACCCAAAAUCCCUAACAGGAGCCUCGGGAUUAUGAAGCCAACGCCGAUCUCACCAGCUCUUGGUAGCUUCCUUGGCGCCUCUGAGUCCUCUCGUGCUGAGGCCGUCAAGCAGAUCUGGGCCCACAUCAAGCUCCACAACCUGCAGAAUCCUGCUAAUAAGAGGGAGAUCCACUGUGAUGACAAGCUCAAGGCAAUUUUUGAAGGGAAGGAAAAAGUCGGCUUUUUGGAAAUUGGGAAGCUUCUUUCGCGCCACUUUGUGAAGACUGAAUGAAUGCUCAUUCAAUCUCUAAUUGAUGCAUUUUGCUUUGAAUCGAUGUCCCUAACCCCUGUUUAAAAAAGAAAAAGCAAAUCCAUUUGGAGAUAGUGUAAGUUUCACACCUAUGUUUGGGACCAUAUUAUGCAGGCUUGGGGUUUGAUGAUUGAAUUUUAGCUGGAAUGCCUUUUGGUUUUGGAUGUGUAAAAAGUACGUAGGAUCAUGAAAUGACUUUUAUGUAGAUCAUUUUCUCGUAUUUCAGUUUCACUGUUGCUUUUAGCUGUGGUGAAUAUCAUAUCAUUGAUCUUAA